AUGUCUAUUUCUCCUGGUAUAAAUAAUUCACAUAGUAUGUACGCUGAAAAAGGAAUUAGGUGGCCCCUUGGACGAAUACUAACAGAUAUAGAUAACUCAAAUCAAUUAACGACGGUUAAGACGUCUAAAACGUGGGUAUUGCCUCCAAGGCCAAAGCCUGGCAGAAAGCCAACUAAUGAAAAAAUCGAAACCUGUAAAGAAAAAAAGAGAAGACCCAAAAAUAGUCCUACGAUAAUAGAAGAAAAGUCAGCAUCAUCUUCGCCACAAGCAAGCCAAUUACCAAUACAACCUGCUAGUAAGCAACAAAUAACAGGAUUGCAGCAAUCAUCGAGAUGCCAAUCUAUGCCAAAACAACAAAAACAACCAACAUGUGUGGGAAAGGGGGAAAUUCAUGAGUUGAAUAAAAACAUAUCGAUCAUUGAAAAGGAAAAUAGUCAAUUGAAGACACAUUUGUUAUCGUUGAUUCAUGAUUAUAAGCAUUUGAAAAACUUAGUAUUAAACAAACCUCAAUCCUUACCGCAUCAUUUAGCAUUCGAAGACACCACCACAGCAAGGAAACGGUCGUUCACUGAAUUGGUCAAUGUAGACCCUAUGAACGAAUUGAUCUGUAACAUGAGUGACUUGUCAUAUUCUCCAAUAACCACAGGAGCUAGCAAUAUAGAGCCGUCAUCACCUAUAGAAGACACAGAUUCGGAACUGGAUGAAGUAUUCAACUAUAUUAACUUGGAUAACUAUAUAUACGAUGAAGAUGGAGAUGAAGAAGAUGAAGAUACUGGGUCUCUGGAAUUAUCCAGAACGACAUCUCCAUCCUUAAUGUCUGAAACUGACGGUGAAAAUUCCUUAAUGACCACUUUAACAAGAUCUACGACCGUUUCCACUAAUAACUCAAUGAUGAACGAAAAAAGGAUACAUAAAGAUGAACCAUUUAAGUUCUAUUCUUUACCAGAAUUUUCAACGAAAGAUUAUGAAUUUUCUUUCGACGAAAUUAAUCCAAAUGACAAAAAGAUGUCAAUUAUCCAAGAAGACAAAUACAAUAUGAUUACAGACUUCCUAGAAGAAAAACUAAUUGAUAACGAUUUAAACUACUACGUCCAAAAUGAAUCAUUCAAGCAUUAG